CGCUGGCUCACCAAUAACAACGAAAGAUGGCGGACAACAUGGCGAGUUAGGAGUCUAAAGACAAUUACAUCGCGAUUUAAAAUGGACGAAGACGAUGAAAAGACUGAAGUUGAUGGCCAGCUAACAAUUGAAAGUAUAAAGUUAAUUUCGGAGUCCAUGGGCAUAUCGAAUCUUAAUGAGGAGGCGAUAAAUCUGCUCAUUGAUGAUGGGACAUACCGAUUGAAACAACUCGCUCAGGAGUCUGGUAAAUUUAUGCAGCACUCGAAACGCAGGAAACUCAUCACUGGUGAUAUCGAUAAUGCUCUUCACGUGCAGAAUAUUGAGCCUCUUUAUGGCUUUGGCUCCAAAGAAUUUAUCCCCUUCCGUUUUGCCAGUGGAGGGGGAAGAGAGCUGUAUUAUUACAAAGAUCCUGAAAUUGACUUGAAUGAAAUUGUUAGCUCACAGUUGCCGCGUAUUCCAGUGGAUGUAACCAUCAAAGCACACUGGUUAAGUAUUGAUGGCCUCCAGCCUGCAAUUCCUGAAAAUCCACCUCCAGUGCCUGUACAAGUCCAGGCAAAGGACAGUAGGGCUGUGUUAGCGGCAGCAUUACCCACAGUAACUAAAACAGUCAAACCACAGGCAGCAAAGGUGGCAGGAAAGGGAACCAAACAAAGCAUUGGGAAAAAGAAUAACCAAAAUCUUAACAAAGAAGAGGAUUCUGGAGAUAAAAAUGACAAAACAAAACCACAAGUUACUCAUGAAUUAUCCAUGGAACAACAGUUAUAUUACAAAGAGAUCACUGAGGCUUGUGUAGGAUCCUGUGAAUCUAGAAGAGCUGAAGCUCUUCAGAGUUUGUCAACAGACCCUGGUCUCUAUCAAAUGUUACCAAGAUUCAGUACUUUUAUCUCUGAGGGGGUGCGAGUAAAUGUGGCACAAAAUAACUUAGUGUUAUUGAUCUAUCUGAUGCGUAUGGUGAAAGCCUUGUUGGAUAAUCCAACACUUUAUGUGGAAAAAUAUCUGCAUGAGCUGAUCCCAGCAGUAAUGACUUGUAUUGUGAGUAAACAACUCAGCACUAAUCCAGAAACUGACAAUCACUGGGCACUCAGAGACUUUGGAUCAAGAGUUGUUGCACAAGUCUGCAGGUCCUUUAAUUCCACUACCAAUAAUGUUCAAUCAAGGGUUACAAAAACCUACUGCAAGGCCUUACACCAAGAAAAAGCUUCAAUGUCAACUCAUUAUGGUGCUAUAACUGGGCUUGCAGAGCUGGGACAGGAGGUGGUUAAGGUAUUUGUUGUUCCAAGACUCAAGAUUGAAAGUGUUUUGAUUAAAAAAGCUCAAGAAGGAAUUGAUCCUGUGGAAAAGAAUGCUGCAGAAAACCUCAAGAAUUUACUUCUGAAACACUGUCCUGCAUUGUUACUGAGAACUCGUCAUCCACCAGACUUGCCUGAUCAAUAUGAAAAAGAGUUUGGUAGUAUUGGUCAACUUCUUUGUACUAAAGUCUCACAGCUGCGGCAGACCAUGAGCGCCAUGAAGAAACCCUCCACACUCACUGUACGAACAGUAUCUGGUGUCUUGUCCACAGGGAUUACAACACCCACCACACCCUCUACCCCUGGAGCAAGUCCAGUCAAAGUACUUACCCCAACUUCUGGUGGUACUUUAACAAUAUCUAUACCACCUGGUCUGAAAGUUGGUCUACCUACCACCCCAAGGGAUUCUAACCCCACCACUCCCACAUCAGCAGGGACUGUGACACUACCAGGGUUACUACCAACAGGAUUGACAAACACAGGGACACUAAAGCCAACUACCCCUACAAGUAACAAGACACCUGGUGGCCCUGUGACAUAACAGCUAACUCAAACUUGUAUUAAAAAAAUGUACUUAUUUAAUAAGUAACUGUACAAAAUGAUAUCAUCCAAGCAAA